CCAUCAUCUUCGCAUUGACGUCGUCCUCUACCUCCAUGGAUUCGGCGACUGUACUGGAGCAAUGAUGAAACUUCCGGAUGCUCCCAAUUGAAUUCAGGAACCAGCACAGAUCAGUGAUGGCCUCUCCGAUUCUGGGAUUCCUCCGUUUCCCACCUCGCCCUUGACCAUCAGACGAUGCGCCUAUCAGUUUCUUGGUCGAGUCCGGCGUAGCUCAUGUCCGUGCCUGAAGAUGCUCCAGUGCCUCUCGGCCAAAUCGCCGCCGCCAUCUCUUCCGGACGAAAAUAAUCACAAUUCACAGUCGCCGCCACCUCAAGGACCGUCAACCGACGCGAUCCCGCGGUCGAGCGGCCUCCCUUCGCCUAUCAACCUCCACGAAGAGUACAGGCUCAGCCUCCAUACCAACUCCUACAAUGAGGUAUGGACCCGGACCCGGGUCGUCGGGUCUGACUCCCACGAUCAGGGUUUCGGGAUUCGCCCCCAAGAGUCUAUCGAGGAGACCCGGGAUAGGAUCCUCUCCGAGGUCCUUGACCCCAACAAGGAGUCCGUUCAGGAGGCUCUCGGCCGGGCUCGGCCAGGGAAGCUGACCCGAUUGGCCUCGGCCUACUUCCAGGAUAGCGAGAACACCAUUGGCCUCUGCCUCCUCCUCCAGGAGAACGUCUACCGCGCCCGGGCUGCCUACGCUCCCCUCCUGGACCUCCUCUCAGUGCUCCCCCUCGAAGUUGGGUCCCUCACCCCGUUACAGUGCAACCGUGCAUAUGAAAUGUUUGCCGAGUUGGAUUCCCAUGAUGACCCCUUCACCUGCUCCACCCUAGAUGGUUUCGUGCAGAUGCGCAGCCGAUUCUCGGACCUCAAACGGUACCUUGAAAACCGGAUAAAGAGGUCCCGGUCCCGAGCCAGCCUCGUAAAACGUGCCUCCUCUGGUCCAGCUCUGUGCCUCAUUGGGACUGCAGUGGUCGCGACAGUAUCUGCAGCUGCAGUGACCGCCCACUCCCUCCUAGCAAUUGUCAUCGCAGCCCCCUGUGCUGCCAACCACAUGAUUACACCGGGCAGGUUCACGAAGAGGGCGCUUGCGCGGGCGGCGCAGCUCGAUGCUGCGUAUAGGUCGACGUAUGGGCUCGACAGGCACUUGGAGACGAUAUAUCUGAUAGUCGAUAAAGUGCAGGCUAAGAUAGAGAGCCUCCGGGGGCUAAUUCGUUUGGGCCUAGUGAGGGUUGGGGAUCUGUACGCUAUCCAGCAGGCGGUGAAGCAUCUGAGGAGCGAUCCCAGCGACUUACUCGAACUGCUCGAGCAACUCGAGGAGGCCAUCUGCCUCUUCUUCACCACUGUCAGCAAGGCCUGGAGGCUGCUCCUCGAACAGAUUUGCUCUCACCAUAGUGUUGCUUCCUGACGAUAGUUGCCGACCAUGUUUCAUAGUUGAACCGGACCAAAUGUAUGAUAAUUUGAGGCACAAUAAUACAGCUGAGUCGGUAUUUGUUAUUGCUAAACACAAUAUGCUGUUAUGAGAUGUGCUGUAUAACUUUUAAUAUGCUAUCCGAUGCUCUGCUGCUUUAUUUGAUUUGCCUUUGCUGAUCAGAAUAUUUCCGUAAUUUCUCUUCCCGCGCCAUUGAGUAGAGCGGUCGAAGAUGAAGCACGCGAAGCAGAGGCGUCAUCCCUGUAUAUAUCUGUAAGGUGUGAUCAUGACAGCAAGACCAAAGCUAAUACCUGCAUCUUGGAGGCUGUCAAGGAAAAUAAUCAUGAACACUUUUUUGUGGUUACUCAGGACGCUGAUCUUCAAAAAAAGCUUCAGGAGAUACCUGGCAUUCCUGUAAUGUUUCUGGAGAAACCAUCUUCUGUUCAGAGCAAAUUUGUGAAAGAUUCUGAGGAAAAGCGCUUGCAUAUAACUGAGGAGGAGUGGAAAAGGUUGGAAAAGAAAACGGGUGUGGUUUUGGCAUCCCAGGAACCGAACCACUCUGAUGAAGAAGAUCUUGGUGGUCAUCGGAGCAGACAUAACAGCAGCAGGCAAAGUGUCACAAGCUGCUAGGAAAGGACUUGGUGUGAAGGAUAAGCCCCAGUUCAAGAGAAAGAGAGCAAAGGGUUCGAAUCCAUUAUCAUGUUUGAAGAAAAGGACUCAUCGAAAUGAAAAAUCUCCAUCUGAAAAGGAGAGGGAAGCGGAUAAAGGCCAUGCGAGAAGUAGAAGUAGGAAGAGGAAGAGACCGCACAAAAGCAAAAAGCCUCUGGUGAAUGGAUAACUGAGGUUUUUUGCAGGACGCAGAAGACACUAGAGAGAGCAAUUUUUUGCCCAUGUUGAUUCUUGAGUCAUUUUUCGCCCUGCAGUUAGUAAUGUAUGCGUAUUAUUCAUCUUAUUCUGUUAACAUUAAUGAUGAGAACCGAGCUUCAUGAUGGAAAAUUUACAGCGAUGUGCGGUUCCCCGA